AGAUUCAUGUACAAGAACAUUGACCCGGUGGUUAUACCGGGCCAGUAUGCCAGUCACCUGCACACCUUCUUUGGAUCUGAUGCUGUCACUUUGAACACAACUACCUCCAAAGAGUUACAAACCGUCUGUGCCACGGCAGUGAACCCCAACGACUACUCCUCUUACUGGGUACCUACACUGUUCUAUAAGAACAAGACUACAACGGCCCCGGUUCCCAUCAGUCGGUUCAGCGCCUACUACGUUGCGAUCGAAAAGGCAGAAGUUGCCAUUCCACAAGACUACAAGGUCGUCGUCGGCAACGCUUCCGCAAAGUCCGAAGCUGACACCGAGCCUCUGGCGGGCAUCCAAUGGUUCUGCGAAGGCGGUCCCAGCUCAGAGAAGGACGUCAAUGGCUUCCCAUCCAAGACCUGCAACACCCAUCUCCAAACUAUCCUCCUGUUCCACGACUGCGUCAACGAGGAGACGCUAGAGUCCACAUACUCUGGAACCCAGCACUGGACUGCUACUAGCAAGCCAGCCAAUCGCUGCCCUCUUGGUAUGAAGAGAAUGCCUCAACUGCGCUUCAGCAUUCGGUUUGACCUUCGCAAGGCUUUGCCUGACGGUUGGGAGGGAACCGCCCCUCUGGAACUUGCCUGCGGUCCGGCAUACUGUACCCAUGGUGACUUCAUCAAUGGCUGGCUCCCAAAGGCCGCUGAGAAUAUGUUGCUUGCCAAUUCAAAGCGUGAAUUCGCCGGCGUAGAUGGCCCUGCAGGCAAAUACAAUGAUGGGUCUGUCUGUGGUGCCAAGAACGCCACGGAUGCCGACCCGGAGAACGGCACUUCGGAUUACACGACCAGCAAGCAGAUCCUCCAAAAGCUUACAGGUCUGCAGGUUUGAUUGAAUGGGCGCCGAUGGGUGCUUUUGGCUUGGCCAAGUUUGUUCGCCUAGACGGUUGACUUCUCUAUGUUUCGAUCGUGCCUCUUAUAUUCCGAGGUGACUAGCCUCUUCAUGGCAGCUUGCUGGAACCCCCGCAUAUUUGGCUUAAUUUCAAGUCAGUUUCUUGGC